CCUUUUCUUUUCUGGGGCACACCCGCAGCAAAUCGAAGACUUCACGGAUGUGAAUGAAGGCGAGAAGGAGAUCAUGAAGCUGUGGAACCUUCACGUCAUGAAACACGGCUUCAUCGCCGACCACCAGAUGAACGAGGCGUGCCUGCUCUUCACCGAGCUCCACUGCGCUCACCUCGUUCGGCAAAACCUGCGCCGCAACUUCCUGCUGCACCUGGUCAGCAUGCACGACUUCAACCUGGUCAACACCCGAACCAUCGACCAGGCCAUGGCCCGACUUGAGGCCGCCGCGCACGGGGACAAACAACCGGCGGAGGAAGACGAGGCGGAGGAGGAAGACGAAUGGGAGACGGCGGAGGAGUUUCAGAUGGAGACGGACCAGGAGCCGUCGGAGUCUGAAGACCCGAAUAGAUGGCAGGAGAGUCAGAGUAGAGUUUUGAACUGACCAGUGGAAGGACUCCAGCAGAACUUUAUCUUUGGAGCCAUCGUGGUGAUUUUGGCCAUCAAGACUUGGCAAUUCUGGAGCACAGAGACACCAGAGUAGCCUUGUUUCCCAAAUUAUCCUAAAUCUUGAGAACUAUGUUCCUUACCGACUUUUGUUGGAAGCGCAACCAGAAACGCCAAACGAGACUUUGGGAACCUUCCACCAACUUUUGGGACUUUGAAGUCUUUAAGACUGAAUAAUUCCAGAUAGUACAAACACCAGAACAGCAUGUUUUUCAGUUUCUUGGGAUUUUGCCCAUGUUCCAGACUGACCACUGUUGGCCGGGCAACCAGUUGUGGCAACCCUUAAGCCGAAUGUUGGACUCAAGAGACCGAUUUUGGAUCAAGAAGACAGCAGAACGGCGUGUUUUCUUGUUUGUUAGAACUUGUUGACUUUGUCCAUGUUAGAAGAAACCCCAAAAUGGACUUUGGAGUUUUAAACCUUCAAUCAAGUUUUUGGGACGUUCAGGUCUUGAGGACAAAAGAAUUCGGAAUCACAGAGAAACCAGAAUAUUGUUUUCUUUGUUACCUCAAAACUUGAAGAUCUUUUUUGUUUUUUGUUCCAUUGUUGGGUAUUAAUAUGAAUGAUUCAAUCAGUGCGGGGUGACCAGAAAACCCACACUAGACUUUUUGUUUGAAGAGUUAAGACAACUUUUAGCACUCACAGAUUGAGUCUGGAUGUAGGUUAGACCAGACCUUUAUUUUUCCUGUCCUUGUCAUGAAAAACCCCAAACUGAACUUUGGGUUUGGAAACUCCACUUUUGUGACUUUUUGGGAUGUGAAGACUGAAAAAUUCUGGAGCCCAGAAAAUUAGCUUUUUUUCUCUUUGCUAUCCUAAAACUGAUUCUGGAUC